AUGAUAAUCGCUGAUAUAAUGUUAAUUUUAAUUGAUAUAUUCAAUCUUGCUGAACAAUUAGGUGUUUAUUUUAUUGCUAAACAGAACGAUCUUGAUGCAAAUGAACAACAACGGUUCUUUUUUAUAUUCCUAAUCGGUAUUUGGGGUGAUGAUCAUGAUCGUUGUCAAAGAUUGGCAAUAAGUUGUUGUACAUUACCAGCAUGUAUAUUCUUAUAUGGUUUAUUAUUUGAAACACAAAUAUUAUUUUUAUUUCUUGUUUACCAAUCAUCAUUUCGUGAUACUUUCUAUGAGAUUUUAAUUAUUUUAAAUACAUUCUUUGGUUUAUCUGCAAUAGAUAAAGCUGCUAAAUAUUGUUGUGCUCUUGGUCAAGAAGAAAAUGAAGGCGAAAACACUGUCUAUUCAGUAUGGGAAACAUUUUUAUCAUUACUCAACGUCAUGGACGCCCCUAUUCUUUUAAUAACUGGAGUUGUAUACGCUAGUCAAUCACUGCAAAAUAAGGAACAAUUAAAAACAUAUGAUUUUGUUAUUUAUAUUAUUAUAUUGAUUUCAUAUGAAUCGGCUCUUCUUGGGUUCGCAGUAUCACUUUUAUGUACUCUAUGUUUGUGUGCUGGUACAUUUCUAAAACUUUUAACCGAUUGUUUUUCUGGUGGAUGA